UUACUCACUAAUGUGUUUCCCAGUGACAAUAAUCUUCAAGUUCUGAUCAAAUUGUAAAGACAACAGCAGUAAUAAAUAAUCCUAAAAGGCUGAAGCAUAAACCAGAUGACAAGAUGCCACAAAAGUGCCUCCCGGAUGCAUCUGCAAAACGUCCAUAAGCAUCUGUAGGGUCUGUUUCAUGGGUGAGGAGAAGGCACUCGGUGCCCAUAGGUGCUGUCGGAGCAGUGGAUUCCCUGUGCUCAAUAUUCUCCUGUCCAAUGAGGUGGAAUGCUCUGCAGGCACAUGGUUUACGCUGCUCAAAAUAACUUGGGACCUGCGAACUGACAAAUGCUAUUGCUCCGGUGGUGACAGGUUGUCCAGCUUCUUACAGCCAUCCUCAUAAUAACGAAGGUUAACUUCUUUCACUGUAUGGACUCCUAGCUGUUUGUGUUCCUGAGGACUGGAAGUAUUCCCUCGCUUCUUUACCUUUAAUCUCACACUCGUGGAUAACUGUCAUCGCUACUAACUGCCAGCAUUGGGCAGCAACACCUGGAGGAAUUUUAAAAGCAUGCAAGACGACAGUAUAGAAUCCUCAACUUCAAUAUCUCAACUUCUGAGAGAAAGUUAUUUAGCUGAAACUAAGCAUCAAGGGAACAGUGAAAGAAGCAGAUCAGAACCAACUUCACAUAACUUUCUUUACGGCAACAACUCUGGUGAUUCAGAUGAGGUACUUGCCCAAGAUGAUCUUCCAGAUCUCUCUGCCUUUUUGAGUCAAGAAGAGUUAAAUGAAAGUGUAAACCUAGCAAGACAAGCUAUUGAUCAGAAUCCACUGGAAGCUAAACAGGAUGAGCUUCAUCUCCCAGAUCAACUGAAAAACACUGGAAAAAACAAACAAAUGGCCUACUCUACAGCUUUAAAAACAUCAGACAAUGGCCUGCCUGCAAACUUUUGCCAGGACCGUGCCACAAAUAUAAAAGGUUCCAAAGGGAGCCCUCAAGAUCUAAAGAAACACCUUCCCUCUGAAUCAGAAUCAAAGAAGGAAUUCCUAAACAAGGCAGCAGAUUUUAUUGAGGAACUUUCUUCACUUUUCAAAGCUCACAACUCUGAAAGAAUAAGACCCCGAACCUGCAAAAAUUACAGGGGCAAAAUUGAUUCUAAGAGCUCUAAGUCUGCUCAAAAAGCUAGCUCUAGUCUCUCCAGUACAUCAGAAAACAGAGAGAGGCUUUCCAUUCCGCUACCUCUAGACUUGGAAAACAAAUCAGAGGAAACAUUUGAAAAAAUAGAAGAUCAACUAGCAGAAAACUCGGAAUCUAUCAACCAAAUGACAAGUGCGGAACUAAAAACAGAGUCAGAAUCUGCAUAUUCUGAUGAGCCUAUUGGACAGCCACCACGCUUCACUCAAAAACUGAAGAGCAGGGAAGUUCCUGAAGGAACCAAAGUGCAAUUGGACUGCAUUGUGGUAGGAAUCCCCGCACCUGAAGUCAGGUGGUACUGUGAAGGCAAGGAGCUUGAAAAUUCGCCAGACAUUCAAAUUAUCCAGACAGGUGAUCGACACUCACUGGUAAUUGUUGAAGCUUUUGAGGAGGAUACAGGACGUUACUCGUGCUUUGCUUCAAAUAUCUAUGGAACAGACUCCACAUCUGCAGAGAUUUACAUAGAAGGAGCCUCUUCUUCUGACUCAGAAGGUGAAACCAUCAAAGACGAAAUGGAUCACAACCUAAAGCCAGCUGACACCUCCUUGAAGGUAGCACCUCCUGCUACCAGAGCUGCAACCAAGCCUCAAGAAACUUCCAAUGCACCAUCAACAGCGGUUCAGCCUGCGUCUGUACCUGUCCAGUCUGUGUCUACGCCCGUUAAUCAGGCUGAAAGCCCCACUAACUAUUUGCAAGGAUUGGAUGGAAGACCUAUAGUUGCUGCUCCUGUGUUUACAAAGAUGUUACAGGAUAUUUCAGCUUCAGAGGGGCAGCUUGUAGUCUUUGAAUGUCGGGUGAAAGGAGCGCCUUCCCCAAAGGUUGAAUGGUAUAGAGAAGGAACACUGAUAGAAGAUUCUCCAGAUUUUCGGAUUUUACAGAAAAAACCACGAUCUAUGGCUGAACCAGAGGAAAUUUGUACUCUGGUUAUUGCUGAAGUAUUUUCAGAAGAUUCUGGCAGUUUCACCUGUACUGCAAGCAAUAAGUAUGGCACAGUAUCUAGUAUAGCUCAGCUAACUGUCAAAGCACCUGAAGACGGUAAUAAUGCUUCUGCCCUUCACACAAUGAGCUCAAUCAACUCGAUUGCUGCUGAAAAUCAAUCACCCUCACAUAAUCCUUCCCAGCGUGUAGUAAACGAAAACCCCAAACCUAAACUUGAAGGUGUUCUUGUGAACCACAAUGAACCCAGAUCGAGUUCCAAGAUAGGUCUCCGUGUGCACUUCAAGCUGCCUGAAGAUGAUAAAGGAAGUGAAUCGCCACCAGAAGAUGGACUUGGCACAACAAACAAAACCAGACCCAGUUAUUUUCACGACAAGAUAAACGGACAGCCAGUGAAAAUACCAGAGCCAACAUCACCAUCCAAGGAACCCCCUCCAGUACUGGCUAAACCAAAGCUUGAUCUGACCCAGUUAAAACAGCUUCACAACCAGGUCUUGCUUGAGCAACAGCAAGUGCAUCAGACAUCUACAAGAGAUUUGUCAUUCAACACGACUUUAUUGAAUUCUGCUACUUCACUCAAUCAACAGUCCACCUCAACCACGUACAAGCAAAGCAAACCCUCUGUUUCGCAAGCGUUUAGCUAUACCCGACCUAAGCAGUUCCUACCAUCGCAGACCACACCACCUGUCAUUUCCUCUUCUAGCUCCUCAGUGACAAUAUUCAGCAGCGUCUCUCAAGGAAUUCAAAGAACAAAUAGCAGGGAAAAUAUCACAGGAAAUCCUCCACCAGCACAAUCGAGGUCAUCAGGAGGAUUUACAGGCAAAAGCGAACAGUCUUCACCAAGCCCUAAAGAAUCUACGGUCCCAUUAACACUGUCUACAUCCAGUGUAAAACAGUUUCAGCCACAAAGCGUGACUCCUGCUCCUGUCUCCCCAACUGGCUGGAUUCAGAAUCCAGCAGCUUUCCUUAGUGCUGUGCUUCCUUCACUUCCUUCUCCACCAUCAACCAAUGCUAUGGGGCUGCCCAGAAGCACACCAGUCACCUCAACCCAGGGAGUAACAAAGAAAAAUCCAAAGCCUUUGCAGUUACCAACAGAUGAAUCUAUUCGGGAAAAUAAAGCUGCACUUGUGAAGGACCUGGAAAGAAAACUGCAUUUCAGAGAUGAUACUAAUCAACAAAGUAGCCAGCAGGAAUACAGGAUUUCAAGUUUUGAGCAGAGGCUGAUGAAUGAAAUAGAAUUUCGCCUUGAACGUACCCCUGUGGAUGAAUCAGAUGAUGAAAUUCAGCAUGAGGAAAUCCCUACAGGCAAAUACAUAGCACCCAUCUUUGACAAGAGACUCAAGCAUUUCCGGGUCAUGGAAGGAUCUCCUAUCACAUUCACUUGCAAAAUUGUUGGGAUACCUGUUCCCAAGAUAUACUGGUUCAAGGACGGCAAGCAGAUUUCAAAGAAAAACACACAUUUCAAAAUGAGCAGAGAAGAAGAUGGAACAUGUUCUUUACAUAUUGAAUCUUCUACUAAUGAUGAUGAUGGCAACUAUACUAUUAUGGCUGCAAACCCACAAGGGAGAGUAAGUUGUUCAGGCCACUUGAUGGUUCAGAGUAUUCCUGUUCGGGGCCGACUAUCAACACUUCAGCCUCACAGAGCACGCUCCCGGGUGCCAGAAGGAGGAGACAAAGAAGCAGUUCAAGAACGCUUUUUCAGGCCAUACUUUCUACAGGCUCCAGGUGACAUGGUAGCACAUGAAGGGCGACUUUGCAGGUUGGAUUGUAAGGUGAGUGGAUUACCAACGCCAGACCUGAUGUGGCUUCUGAAUGGCAAACCUGUGUUACCAGACGGUACCCACAAGAUGCUGGUCAGAGAGACUGGAGUUCACUCUUUGCUUAUUGAUCCUCUCUCACAAAAUGAUGCUGGAACUUAUACUUGCCUUGCCACUAAUAAAACAGGACAAAAUUCAUUUAGUCUGGAGCUGACUGUUGUAGCGAAGGAAGUAAAAAAAGCUCCCAUGUUUUUGGAGAAGCUUCAGAACUGUGGUGUUCCUGAAGGGUACCCAGUCAGAUUAGAGUGCAGGGUUGUGGGAAUGCCGCCUCCUGUAUUUUAUUGGAAGAAGGAUAAUGAAACCAUCCCAUCAAACAGAGAGAGAAUGAGCAUGCACCAAGAUACAACAGGGUACGUCUGCCUUCUGAUUCAGCCUGCCAGGAAAGCAGAUGCUGGCUGGUAUACCUUGUCUGCAAAAAACGAAGCUGGUAUUGUCUCUUGUACUGCUAGACUUGACAUAUAUGCUCAGUGGCAUCAUCAAAUUCCACAACAAAUAAAGCUUCGACCUGGGAGUAGCCGGUAUGCAAACCUUACUGGCCAAGGACUCGACAUGUAUUCUGGCUUCCCAACUACUGAAAGUCCUGUGUUGUUUUCAUCCCCAACUCAAAAGAUGGUGGAAAGCGAUGAACUUUGAAAAAAAACAAAUGAACAAUGGUUCCAGUUACACUUGCAGAAAUACUAGAACUGAAAAAAAAAUAAAGAGGUACAAGUCAAGAUGCUCAAGGUUUACAAGCAAUCUGUUUGUAAUUAAGUGUACUGCUGCUGCAAAUUUUGCGAGUAACAUAUACAAGAUUUUUGCAUACUAUUUUUCUGCAGGAUAAUUGUGGUAUGGAGUGUUGUGCAAUAAAUUCAGAACUGUGUAGUUUGCUAAGAAUUACAUAGUAAACAUAGUUUUCAGCACUUAAAAGCCAAUACCACUUCUACUGCUAGAAUUAAAGCUACUCUCCUGUAGCAAGCUACGUUAAGGAUUGAUGAUGUUUUGCUGGAAUACUGCCCAGUGAAAACACUGAUAUUACAAUAACAAUCCUGAAUGAGGGUAAACAACAUGACUUUGAAUGUAAUUCUGAAACAAAAAGCCAGAUAAUCACAAAGCACAAGUACAAGGAAAAAGAUGUAACUCAUUUUUAUAUAUGAUUAAGCCAGAUAAUCUUAUAAUUGCUGAACUCAAGUCUAGAUAAGUAUAGAAUUCCAUGUAGGUACAGCUGUAUACCUUAUAUAUUUAUAUUUGUGUGCAUGUGUAUACUCCAUGAACUGUGUACUCAUGGCAUAAUGAUUCAUAAAGUAAGGUACAGGACAUGUGCCCAGGGCUCUAACAUAGGACACUAAUCUUCCUGUAGUCUGAAGCAUGUUCUGUAGAACUCGUAGCUGAAACUAUUGUCCAGAUGUGCUUUAUAUUUUUUUUCCCUUACAUUGGUAGCGAUUCUCUGCUUUUAAACAUAAACUCAUACCAAGCUUGUAACUUCAGAGUUUUCAAACAUCAGUCUCUUUCUUCCCGUUUCUAAUGUGACUGAAAGAAAAGUAUCUACCAUAUACCUCAUUUUUUCCUCUAACUGAAAAGGAAUUAUGAUCUGCUGGAAAUCAGCGAUUUCAUCAUCGUUUAGGAAACAAUGACAAGUAUGGUGACUACUAUUAAGACAGCAAAUUCCAUUAAUACACAAAAAUCUAUGGACUUAAAUUCUCCUAUAACUAAUAGAAGUAUAUAAGAAUCUAAUGAAGAUGCAACAGAAGGUGUUAAGAACACUUAAUUGAUUUAAAUACAUUUAGCAUCUGCACAGUUAUACAGCAUUUAGAAUCUGUGACUAUCUAAGAUUAUUUCUUGCCUCUUUAAGUUAUUGUUAUCCCUCUUCUUUGGACAAGAAAAAUUAAAAGAUGAAAAAUGAAAAGAAAAAUUAACAGAUACUAUCAGUUUAGAUCUUAUUAGGACUUUUUGCACAGUGUAACUUAAUUUACAAAUGCAAAGAAAACAAUGAGGAAUUAUCUUAAGAGCAGAAGGAUACUGGAUAUGGACAGAGACUUGAGAAAGAGAAAGCCUUUCAUUCCUGAUUUCCUACAAAAGCAACUUACGAUAUCACUAACUCUUGGUUUCCUAAUGAUUCAUGGGAAGUGAAUUUAUUGUACUAUUCCAUUUCCUGUGUGAGUACCAAAACACGUAUCACAAAACCACCAUAACUCAAACUCACCAUUAUCCUUCCCUGCUUUUGUUAGAAAACUCAGGUAUAAUUGACCCCAGACUGAGCAGAUCAGGAAGCUAAAACAUUCUUAUCCUGACAGACAAUCCAAGAUACAGUUACUUUGGUGAGAAAGCAGAAAUGCCAGUUGUUGCUGAUGUUGUAUCUCCUUUCCAGCAAGUAAGAUGCAACUAAUUGCUAUAAAAAGCAGUACGUCAACUCAAGUGAUUUCAGUUAUGAGAUGCUCGCUCAGUUUAAGACAAACUGUGGGCCUCCAGAAUAGAGAAGCCCUUGUUCCUCUAAUCUUCAGUUGUUUUUAGGAUGGCUGUCAGAGUUGGUUAAAAAAAAUAGUAAGAUAAUAAUAAUAAAAAGAUUCUCAUAUUUGUAACUACUCUUGAGAAAAUAAUCCAAAAAAAGUUAUUGGAUUUUAUUUAAUUCAGUGCUGUUGGGAAGAAGGAUGAGACGGAAUUAAAACACAAAAG